AUGGACGACAGCUUCAGCCUAUGCAGCCAACCCAUGUCCUGCCCUUCAACCUCGACUAGCUUCUCAUCCGCCUCAUCCGCCUAUGACCCCUUCACGCCUACAUCUCGACGGUCUACUCCUCAUGAAUUCGGCACUAUGGAAUUCGACGGCCCCUACAGCGCGUCCUCGCAACGAGCUGAGCUGACUCCUCCUUCAUCCUCGAUGGGCAAGUUCCUCUUUGGCCCUAUCAAGACAGAGCAUGAGCAUAUGCCUUUCUCAGAUGGUCUUCCCAAUACUCCCAUCAAGCGAGAGCAUAUGGGCUUCGAUUAUGAGCAGAUGCUUGAGAUGAACAUGGCUCACCAAGGCUCCAUGGGAUCAUUGACACCAUCCAAUUCUUUUGGCAUGUAUGGAUACUCUCCGGAGACAUCCAUGGGAGCCUCUUUCAUGAUGACACCCACUCAGAGCCUAUCAGGCUCUGAAGCUGCCGACACCGCCUCAUCCUGGUCCUGCGCCAACGAUAGCCCCAUCUCCUUCUUCCCCAACAAGCAGCUCUCGAACGAAUUUGAGUCUUUUGAGCUUGACCGACACUCCCAGUCACCGCUUGGUGCUUAUUCUCUGCAUGACCCCAACUCGCCCAACCGCAUGCGUGCUCAGCGAAAGAUGAUGGUGCACGAGAUUCAGCGAAAGACCACAGAGCUUCAGCGUGCCCAGAUUCGAUCAUCACGGAAGCGAUCUGACAAGCCCGAAUCCGCACAAGUUGAUGUUGUCCGAAGGGCGAUGUGCAAGUGUGAUUACCCUGGUUGCCACAAGGCGUUCCGACGCAACGAGCACCUCAAGCGUCACAAGCAAACUUUUCACGGUGAAGGCCCCAACCGCUUCUCUUGCGAGUUCUGCGGAAAGGACCAGUUCAACCGCCAGGACAACCUCAACAACCACCGCAAGCUGCACGCGCGACCCAAUAGCCGUAACCGUGGAGUUGAGUUCAUCCCAGCUGCAGUUCCUGUGAUCGAGCAGGAGGAGCGCAGCAGGAAGCGACGAGCACCGUCAAAGGCCAAGGCCGAGAAGCGGGACCCCGAGUACUGA